AUGUUAUAUCCAAUGUUAACAUAUUUGUCAUUGUCAUGUAAUACUUGUGGUAGUCUUUGUUUAUUAACACAAUUAAAAGUGUUGUACUUAAACAAAAUCAUUAAAAGUGUUGAUGUUGAAUCAUUUUAUCCUACUUCAUUAGAAUUUUUACAAUGUUAUUCUAAUUCUUUACCAAAGAAAUUAUUAAUUACACAAUUACAACUUCACAUUGAAAAUUGUAAUACUCAUAAUGUAGAAUUACCAUCUUGUCUUGAUUCACUUUAUCUUCAUUAUUCUGAGUUUGAAAUAACCAGUACAAGUAUAUUUUAUACUUUGAUUCUUAAUGAAAGUAAAAUUAAUGGAGAAAUGAUUCAAAAAGAAUUUAUAAAGAAUUUCUAUUGCAAAAGAUCAAAAGAAAGUGAGUUUAUUAACAUUGAAUUGUAUUUAUCACUUCCUCAAGUAAAAUUUUGUUAUUGUCAGAAAUAA